AUGGCCGAGUUACCGGCCCACGCCUCACCAAAGCUACCCCCACGACAGUUGCCGAGCAGGCAAGAUGGACUUUUGGAACAUGAUGGCCAAGGGAGCAGCGCAUCCGGCGCACAAACUCCAGCUAUUCCCGACUCGCUGCUGUCGCCCGCAUUCACUCCACCUUUGACCCCCGGUGGCACAUUAAAUUGGGAUCUCAAUCCCACCCAAAUUCUCCACCAGCACCAAGCAGCCGAUAUCCAAACGAAGAGCGAACACAUUAAAGAACCCAAACUACUCCCGAAGCUCCCAGAAGUGGAAUGUAUUGUGCGGGCCCGCAUCCCAACGACCAACGGGGCGGAGAUGUUCCUGCACCUGUACCACAACGACCUGGACGGAAAAGAGCACUUAGCCAUUGUGUUUGGAAACAAUAUUCGCAGCCGGAGCUUGGAUAGUGUCAGGCCGGGAGAAACCGAGAUGGACCGAAUGAUCCGCGGCGCGUAUGUGGGGACCCUGCGCCCGGGAAGAGUGAGCAGUCGCUAUGACGAAGAGCAAACCUCAACAUCAGCACCGAAGCAGAUUGAGCCCCCAUUGGUACGGAUCCACUCAGAAUGCUAUACUGGAGAGACCGCGUGGUCUGCGCGAUGCGAUUGCGGCGAGCAGCUGGAUGAGGCGGCGCGCUUGAUGUCUUUCCCCGUUAUGGACCUGGCUUCGGACGCGCCGCCGGAGGUGCAGUCUCUUUCGUCGCACUCGACCGGUGGAGUUAUUAUCUAUCUACGCCAGGAGGGUCGUGGAAUUGGCCUUGGCGAGAAGUUGAAGGCGUACAACUUGCAGGAUCUCGGUUCGGAUACUGUUGAGGCUAACCUCUUGCUGAGGCAUCCUGCGGAUGCUCGAAGCUAUGGUCUGGCUACCGCCAUGCUGGAGGACCUUGGAUGUGGCGCAGACACCAUCCCUGAGGGAAUCCGCCUUCUUACGAACAACCCUGAUAAAGUUCGGGCCAUUGAAGGUCCCAACCGGGAGGUCCUGGUCAAGGAGCGAGUGCCAAUGAUCCCGCUGGCAUGGCGGACUGGAGGUCAGAAAGGCAUCAAAAGCUCUGAAAUUGAGGGCUACCUGCAGACUAAGGUAUGGUUUGAUAUCUUCCCUUUGGGCUCAUGUUGA